AUGGCCGGGCCCAGGGUCCGCAAGGACAAGGCUGCGGCUCACUUCCUGCCCCAGCUGCUCGAGGGUUGGGGCUCCCCCCUCCCGUGGCUCCGGGGCCGGUACCGGGCCGGGGUCCGCCCGGGGGGGGCGGGGGGGGAGCCCGUGCUGGUCACGGUGGGGCUGGAGCUGGCCCAGCUCGUGGGGCUGGACGAGAAGAACGAGGAGCUGACGACCAAAGUUUAUCUGAACCUGCGCUGGAGGGACCCCCGGCUCUCCUGGGACCCCCCCGAGCUCGGGGGGGCGGCGGCGCUGCGGGUCCCGGCCGACAACAUCUGGCUGCCAGAUGUGGGGCUGGACAACAACAAUGACGGGGAGUUCGGGGUGUCCCUCGGCGUCCGCGCCGUUGUCACCUCGGGCGGUGACGUCACCUGGAGACCCCCGGGGCUGUUCCGGAGCCGCUGCCCCAUCCGGGUGUCGCAUUUCCCCUUCGAUUGGCAGAACUGCUCCCUGAAUUUCCGCUCGGGCUCCUACGGCCCCCGGGAGCUGCGGCUGCAGCUGGGGGGGGCUCAGGUGGCGCUGCCCCCCGACUUCCAGGAGAACGGGCAGUGGACCCUGGUUCAUCGCUCGGGCAGCACCUGGGGCCCGCCGGGCUCACCUGAGGAGAACGGGCAGUGGACCCUGGUUCAUCGCUCGGGCAGCACCUGGGGCCCGCCGGGCUCACCUGAGGGCGUCUCCUUUCACCUGGUGCUGCGCCGGAAGCCGCUCUUCUACCUGGCCACGGUGCUGGUGCCGUGCGUGCUGAUCACGCUGCUGGCCGUGGGCGUGUUCCACCUGCCCCCCGACGCAGGUGAGAAGAUGUCCCUCUCUCUCUUCGCCCUGCUGACCCUGACCGUGUUCCUGCUGCUCCUGGCGGACAAGGUGCCGGCCACGUCGCUGCAGGUGCCGCUCAUCGGCCGUUACCUGACGGCCACGCUGGUGCUGCUCACCUUGGUGGUGGCGCUGAGCGUGGGGGUGCUGAACCUGCACCACCGCUCACCUGGCACGCACGGGAUGCCCACCUGGGCACGGCAGGUGUUCCUGCAGCGCCUCCCCCCCCUGCUCGGCCUCCGCCCCUCCCCCACCCCUGACGAGUAUUUCCUGCGCCGCCCCUCCCCCCUGCGGGCGGCCCCAAACCCGCCCGGAUUGGCCCCAAAAUUCGCCCCCCCCGAGGUGCGCGAGGCCGCGGCCGCCAUCGGAGCCAUCGCCCGGAGCCUGCGCCACAGGGAGCGGCGGCAGCAGGCCCAGGACGAGUGGCGCGCGCUGGCCAUGGCCGCAGACCGGCUCUGCCUCUGGGCCGUGCUGGGCCUCACCGGGGCCUGCGCGCUGGGCACGGGCCUGGACGCGGCCCUGCACCGGCCCCCGGCCUCGCCCUUCCCCUGAGCCAAAAAACACCAAAUUCACCCCAAAAUCCCGAAUUUCCCCCAAAAUCCCGAAUUCCCCGCCGAACAAAACGGAAAUUCCGGGGCCUGCGCGCUGGGCACGGGCCUGGACGCGGCCCUGCACCGGCCCCCGGCCUCGCCCUUCCCGUGAGCCAAAAAACACCAAAUUCACCCCAAAAUCCCGAAUUCCACCCAAAACCACGAAUUCCCCGCUGAACAAAACGGAAUUCCGGGGCCUGCGCGCUGGGCACGGGCCUGGACGCGGCCCUGCACCGGCCCCCGGCCUCGCCCUUCCCGUGAGCCAAAAAACACCAAAUUCCACCCAAAACCCUGAAAUCCCCGCUGAAACAAAAGGAGUUCCCGAAUUCCGGACGCGCUUUUUCCCGAAAAUCCCUAAAUAAAGCCAGAAAUAAAUCGCAAA